AUGAAGCUCUUGAUCGCUGCUUUUAUUGCACUGGCUACUGCUCAAAGUGACUGGACGGACCCGACCGACUGGACCGAUCCAUGGCAAGGCUCAACUGUGCCGCCUGCAGCGAAUCUCGGUUGUGGGUGCAAUUAUUCGGGUUUGUGGUUGGACGUGGUUCUUGUCGUUGAUUCCUCUUCGGCGAUGACUCAACAAGGUUUUCAAUCGUUGCUCAGCUACAUCGCCACCGCUGUCCUCCAAAUGACUAUCGGUCAGAGUGCUGGACAGAUGUCUCGUUUCGCGGUGAUCACCUACUCAAGCAACGCCACUCUUCGCUAUUCACUCACCGCUUUCAAGAAUCAAAACGAUCUCCUCAACGUCGUGUUCACGAUUCCGUUUGAGGGACGAGAUGGGAGCAAUAUUGAGCAUGGAAUCAACGUCGCUCAAGCGGAGCUCGACAAGAACGGUGGAGGGAGUUAUGCGAAUCGAAAGAAGGUUCUCAUCAUUGCCGCCUCGCACUAUGAACCCGGUGCCAGCAACGAUCCUGGACAAGCUGCAGCGACGUUCCGUGGAAAUGGCGGAAACAUAAUCACCAUUGAAUAUGUUCAAAAGCACGGCACUCGAGUUCCCAUUCUUGAUUCACUCGCCUCGAAUUGUUCGUCUUUAUCGAACAGCAAUGAGGAUGUUCGAGUCAACGAUCUUCUUGCCACCUUUUGUCGGGCCAAUUGUUUCUGUGCCGCGAAUUGGGACGCGUACUCACGGGAUUCCAAGUGUUACACCCCAGACAAUGGCUGCUACUUCCCAGUGACCAUCCCGGCAGCUUGGCCCCUUGCCGAACGUUAUUGCACGCUUCAAAACGGAGCCACUCUACCUACAAUUUGUAAUUCAGACAAGGCGAUCUUCAUGACUUCUUUGCUUCAAAAUCGCCAGCAGUCUCAAUGGACGGGUCUUUCCCGGGGAGGUAAUGGGGUCUUCACUUGGGAUGAUGGAACGUCGUACAGUCAAUGCCAACCGAAUGUAAAUCCAAGAUGGUUGAACGGGACAGCUUUACCCGGUCAACCGGUCGCUCUAUACAGUCCGAGUGGCUUUCAAACCUAUUUCUAUGGUGGCUAUCAAUACGCGGAUUUCAUCUACACUUGUCAAAACCGUCCAUGCAGUAGCACUCUCUAUUGCUCA